AUGAACAAUUUUGUGAAGAGUAUUGAUGCUUCUGCCUACAUGAAGACUGUGAUUAAGAUAUUUGAACAAUUGGACAAUUUUGUCGAGGAGAUUGGUGAGCAAAAUAUUGUGCAAUUGGUUACUGACAAUGGAAGUAAUUAUGUAUUGACUGGUAAACUAUUAACUACCAAGAGACCACACCUGUUUUGGAAUUCGUGUGCUGCACAUUGUCUAGACUUGAUGUUAGAAGAUAUUGGAAAGAUUGCUAAGGUUAAAACUGUUAUUCAAAGAGGGACUAGUAUUGUCGGCUUCAUUUAUAACCACACAUUGACGUUGAACACAACGGAGAAGAACACUGACAACGUUGAGUUGGUUAGACAUGUCACAAAAUUUGCUACCACAUUUCUUACUUUACAAAGAUUACAUAAACAAAAAGCCAACCUUAGAAAGAUGUUCACUUUAGAAGAAUGGUUGAAGUCCAAGACAACUAACGACCAUAAGGGAAAUAAUGCAACCCGUAUUGUACUUUUGACAUCAUUUUGGAAUGAUAUUAUCUACACUCUUAAGGUUAUGGGACCUCUUGUACAACUGUCAAGACUUGUUGAUAAUGAGAAAAACCCUGCAAUGGGUUACAUAUAUGCAACAAUGAUCAAGGCCAAGGAGGAUAUUCAAAAAGCUUUCAAUGAACAAGCAAGAAUGUAUAUAGAUGUAUUUGCAAUCAUUGAUGAAAUGUGGAAAUGUCAACUUCAUCAUCCAUUGCAUGCUGCAGGCUACUACCUAAAUCCGAAGUAUUUUUAUAGCAAAUCAAAAAUUGAGAAUGACCCCAUAUUGGUGGAAGGUCUUCAUUUAUGCAUCGAAACACUUAGUGAAAGUCAUCAAACGAGUUACAUGAAUAUAACAGAGUUGGCGGAAUAUAAGAUUGCUAAUGGUCUCUUUGGAUUGGGUGAAGCAAUAAGACAAAGGUGGUGGAAGACUUAUCGAGCACAAACUCCACUUUUGGAAGUAUUGGCCAUUAAAGUGUUGAGUUUGACAUGCAGUUCUUCAAGAUAUGAGCGUAAUUGGAGUACUUUUGAGCAUAUUCAUUCCAGGCAGAGAAGUAGACUUGAGCAUAAGAGGUUGGAAGACUUGGUUUUUGUUAAGUAUAAUCAGGCUCUGAAAGAGUGUUAUGAUUGUUGUGAUGUGAUUGAUCCAAUCGCCUUGAAUGAUGAUGAUGAUGAUGAUUAUAUCAAUGACUUUGAAGUGGGAGACUUGAGGGAAAAUGGUGAACCUAUUGAAGAAUUAGUUUAUGCCGGUGGUCUACAUUAG